AUGGCCUUCGGCUCUGGUCGCCGCUGGAAUUCUUGGAACUUCUUCAUUUGCUGGCUUGUGUCUCUGGGUCAGAUCGCUUUUGGAUAUCCGGCGAGCAUCAUUGGCGUGACACUUGCACAACCAUCAUUUUUGAUUUACAUGGGCCUACACGAUACAACAGAGAAUCCACCAGGGCCCACCAAAGAUGCGGAAAACCUCAUUGGGGCCAUGUCGGGAGUCUUUCAAGCCGGCGCCACUAUUAACGUGUUUAUCGCGUCAUGGGUCGCCGAUAAUCUGGCCUCUUAUAUGGGACUCGCAUUCUACUAUAUAGACGAUCCGGCGACCCAGUGGCGAGCACCUCUCGGCCUAGCUCUGGUGUGGCCACUUAUGAUGAUAAUGGUCUGCUUUGUCAUCCCCGAGUCGCCUCGCUUCCUUCUGAUGCAGGGGAGGGUCGAAGAAGCACGCAAGGUCGUCUUUGGCCUCCAUGCUGUGAAGGGAGACUCUGAACAGGAGUUCGCCAGGGAGGAAUUCUAUCAGAUGUCAAAGCAAGCCGAAAUCGACCGUCAUACGAUCACUUCAUAUCUUGAGAUAUUUCGGAAACCAAGCAGCCGCAAGCGCAUGAUCAUGGCCAUCGGCUUUGCUUUCAUCAGCCAAUCGACGGGUGUGCUAGUUCUGAAUAACUAUGGGCCAACAAUCUAUGCAGCUCUGGGAUAUGAUACCGAACACCAGCUCAAAUUCCAGUGUGGUUGGAUCUCGGUUGGUGUUUUGGGAAACCUGUUCGGGGCUCUCGUCAUGGAUCGUCUGGGUCGCAAGCCGCUCAUGUUCACAGGAGUAGCUGGAUGCUGCGUUUUCCUUAUCCUGGAAGCCGCGAUGGUCAGCUCAUUCGCUGCGGAAGGUACCAACAGCGCCGGUUUGCAGAUGGGAGUAGCUGCGGCAUACCUCUUCCUAUUCUUCUAUAGCCUUGGAAUCGACGUCGCUGGCAUAGUAUUUUACAGCGAGCUCUUUCCGAACCACCUCCGUGCCAAAGGCAUGGCUUUGAGCAUCGGCACCAUUACUUUAUCGGACUUGGUGUAUCUUCAAGUUGCGCCAACGGCCUUUCGUCACAUCGGUUGGAAGUUCUUUCUCUUGUUUAUAAUCUUGUCAGGUUUCGGAGCAGCGUUUGUGCUGUUCUAUGUACCCGAAACUAAGAACAUACCUUUGGAAGAGAUGGCGAAGUUGUUUGGCGACGAAGUCGCAGUCUAUGCAGCCGACCUGAGUAUCGACCACAACACCCACGAGCUUGUUGUAUCGGGCCACAGUGGUGAUGGAGUGGUUAGAGUAGCAACUGAGGUAGGAACUGACAAAGCGAGUGGCAUGGUCAAAGACAAGAAGGAGCACAGAGGCGGGCGGAUUACCUCAGAGUGUCAAGCUGUUUCAGCAACGAUCUUGCGCAUCACUUCUGAGGAAGCUUUGUGA